AUGCGUCAAACAUGGGAAGCGAGAAUGGAAUCUCUCAAGAAACUGCUAGCUCCUGCAGUAUCUGAGCGGGUCAGUCAACAUUUUUCUGAGCCGUCAACGUCAGAGAUAGACAUGUAUGAGUCUCUGAAAAGGCUUUCAUGGAAGAUACUGCUCGGAACAUUCCUGGGUCUCGACCGCGACAACAGUCUCUUCGGUACGCUGGAGAGCCUACAGGAAGACCUGCUUCGAGGCCAAUUCUCGCUGUUCCCGGUGACAGUCAAUACAGGAUUCUGGCACUCGCCUCGCAAGAAGGGUAAGGAGGCGAACAAGAAGCUACAAGACAGAAUGUUGCGUCAUAUGAAAGAAGAAGUGAAAGGAUGUCCAUUUGCUGUCGCGGACCAAGGCGAAAGAGAGGACGUAGCAAAGCACUCAGUCCUCUUUACCAGCAGCCUCGCUGUCAAAGCGCUAGCAUCUCUUUUGACAGCCUUCCUGUUAAACCUUUUCUUAUAUCGGACGAAGGAGGGCCGAUCGCUGGCCGAUACUUUGGCCGGUGAAACUGAACCAGGGAGGCUUUCGCUACGCUUACGCGCCAUACUAUUAGAGACCGAACGACUUAGCCCGCCCAUUGUAGGCGUUAUGAGACGGUCAACAAGAGAUAGUAUCAUUUUGUCGCCGGGGGAGCAGGCAGACAUCAAAAUACCAAAGGGCUGGGACUGUUGGUUGUACUUCGUGGGUGGUGGUCGUGAUCCAUCGACCUACGGGCCGACUUGGGACGUGUUCGACCCAGAUCGAUAUCUUGACAAGGGCCUAGCGCCCGGUGUAGCCUACGGAGCGGGUCCAAAGACUUGUUUGGGUCGCGAUGCGAUUCGCGAGAUCGCGCUGGCUGUAGCAGAUACAUUUUUGCGCCUCGGGAUCCAGAUUGAUGGGAAGAUCAAACCGCGUGGAGUGCGCGGUUGGCUGGGGUGGGAACCGAACGAUUCGGUGAUGCCUGAGGAUUGGGCUCGAGAUAUGAAGCAGUUGCCGACUCAGAGACCGUCAGACCCAAUUAUGAUACGUUUGUCGCGUAGCUCUCCAUAG